UUGUAAAUGAAUUAUAUUUAAACAUAUUUUGGGGUCAAAGUUUACUUCGCUGCACUUCAAUUUUUUGACCUGCAAAACUGGCUAAAGGAAACGAUUUUGUACGGUGUGACUGUGUCGGGUGAAAGGUCAAGCGGCCAUCUUUGAAGAGAUCCAGAGACUUUUAGAAAGACAGCUGGCUGACGGAGUGACGGUAUAGCGACAUUUUCCUUAGUUAACGUCCAAGAAACAGUUGUGGGGUGAGGCAUAUCAAAGAGAGACCUCUGGGCACAUCAUGUCAUCAUUUUCUGAGUCUGCGUUGGAGAAGAAGCUUUCGGAGCUCAGCAACUCUCAGCAGAGCGUUCAGACGCUGUCUCUGUGGAUCAUUCAUCAUCGCAAACACUCGUCGCUCAUCGUCAAAGUAUGGCACAGAGAACUGAAGAAAGCAAAAAGCAGCAGGAAGUUGACUUUCCUUUAUCUUGCCAAUGACGUGAUUCAAAACAGCAAGAAGAAAGGUCCAGAGUUCGCCAAAGACUUUGAGACGGUCCUUGUUGAUGCUUGCUCUCAUGUUGCAAGAGAGGCUGAUGAUGGCUGUAGAAGACCCAUGGACAGGCUGCUCACUAUCUGGCAGGAGCGCAGCCUCUACAAGGUAGAGUUCAUCCAGCAGCUGAAGCUCGCCAUCGAAGACUCUAACAGCCCCCAACACCAACCCACAGAAGAGAAGAAGGCCCCUAAACGGACCUAUCAGAAAAUCCAGGAGCUGGAAGAAGAGGAAGAAGAUGAUGACUACAGGGGCCACAUGUCCCCACAGGAUUCAGACAUCUCAGGGCCACAGCUGACGGAGGAGCUGGUCAAAGCCCUGCAGGACCUGGAGAAUGCGGCCUCGGGUGAUGCUGCUGUGCGCCAGAAGAUUGCCUCUCUGCCACAGGAGGUGCAGGAUGUGUCCCUGCUAGAGAAGAUCACUGAUAAGGAGGCAGCUGAUAAACUGUCCAAGACGGUGGAUGAGGCCUGUCUACUGCUGGCUGAGUAUAACGGACGUCUGGCUGCUGAACUGGAGGACAGGAGGCAGCUGGCGCGCAUGCUGACAGAGUACAUCGGUAGCCAGAAGGAAGCCCUCACCGAGAGGGAGAAGAAACUGGAGGAGUUCAAACAGAAGCUGGCACGGGUCACCCAGGUGCGCAAGGACCUGAAGUCCCACAUCCAGAGCCUGCCUGACCUCUCUCUGCUGCCCAAUGUGACGGGAGGUCUGGCCCCUCUACCCUCUGCUGGAGACCUGUUCUCCACCGACUGAGCUCCCUGCCACACCCUGCCUCUUGCCAGGGCACACACUGUUGAACCUGCUCUCUAGCUACUGAACCCUAGGGAGAGACUCAGAGGGACAGUGGAAGCUUGGGGACAUCCCUGGUGGGAGAGACAAUGGUUGUUGAUGAUUCCGUUCCACCAGCUUGGACAAAUAUCUCCUGUUUGUUUUUAUUCUGAAUGCCAGUCGAACACCAGCUAACUGAUUCUGCGUUGGAAAGAAGAGAAGUGUUGGUCAUCAGCCAAUCCCCAUUUUUCUGCGUUUUUGUGCUCGUAUGGUGGGAUGGUGGCUCACACACCCACUAGAUCUUUGUGAAGAGAUGCAUCUCGUUUAUUUUAAUGGCUUUAAAGUUGGUUGAUUUUGUAAUGUUGGGGAGGGGGGAUGUUUUUCUAUGUAGGUUAUAUUUUGGUUGUGAUGUUAUUUUCAUCUUCCAUAAUUCCAGCUCAACACACAACAGUAUCCUUCUUUUCAGGUCUGUCAUCAAACAUGUUUUGAAUUGUAUGCAUACCAAUCAUCAGUCGAUACCAUUACAACCAUGUGUUAGUUUUUCUCAAUCCAAUGUGAAAUAUUUUAGCCCUCAGACAUGUGGUUGAUAGAAGUUAUUAGCAAACUUGGGGCAGAUGGAGACACUGACUUACAGUCACUUGGAAACACGUGUCCAUAAAAUGGUCUUUGAUGAUUGCAUCACUUGGUACAAAUGUCAAACUAACUAGCAGACUGAUGCUUUUCAGGACUUGGCCACCAAUUAGUCAGCAUUAUUCAGACUUGACAGAGUAUCAGAAUCUGAACUGGCUCAUUCUGUCACUGCUGCAGUCCUUCCUUCCUUAGGAGUCAAUCGUUAACUCAGUUUUACAAUGGUUGACAAUCUGAUUUCUGUGAUCUCUUUAGUUUGGGUGAUGCAUCCUGGGAGAUAAGUGCUUGCCAAUGUUACAGAAUGCAGUAGGAGUAAUAGAAGGACAUCUGCCCCAAGAAAUGAUGCUUUGCAGAUGAUGUACUAAAGCAGUAGUUUUUCAGUAAUAAAACAAAUCCAUGGAUACAAAUAAAAUUGAACAAUUGGAAAAGAAAA